AUGGCGCUGAGCAUCCUCCCCGCCAGCCUCUUCCCCAACGCCGCCAGGGGCCUCAUCGUCAUGACGGACGUGGCGGAGGAGGUAGGAUCCGCGGCGGGGAGGAUCGUGACCGCAGGAGCGAAUGUGAGCACGAGCGCAGCGAAGCUCGUGUCGGCAGUGACGGAUGGGUCGAUCGGCCUGGUCGAGGCGGCUUGGCGCGGCGUCGACCUGCUGGAUGUCCAGGUGCUGGGCAGCACCGGCAGGUUCUUUGUCGAGGAUGAAGACGACUGGCCCGCCUUUUUCCAGGAGCCAGAGGUCCAGCAGGUGCUGCAGUUCGAGCAGGAGUUUCUUCGGCCACUAGCGUGGGGGCUGCUCGGCAUGGAUGAGACGGCCGAGGCACCAGCCAUGGCUGAGCAGCUCAAAUUUUUGGCGGAUCCGUCCUUUCCCGCGCCCGAGCUUGAUCUCGGCCCCGAGAUGCGCGAGCAGCCGCGCCUCCUGGAGACAGACCGCACAGCGUAUACGGGCGACGGGUACUCGUUGAAUGGUACUGGCCUGGUUUCGGCUGGAGAGGUACCGGUCGCGAGCGCGGGCCCGGAUCUCCUGCGCAAGUGCUGCUACAUGUGUUUCAUGCGCCACGGAGACAAGCCUCACGGUGGCAAGGUCUACUGGCUCAGGUUCAUCGAGUACGCCAUAGAGGCGGAUGUCAGGGAUGACAGCGGCGGCCCUGGGGUACCGAACGUCUCGUUGAAGGAUAUCUACGACGCUGUCCUGAAGGACGAGCGGCUGGGAGCUGCAGCGGACUUCACCACCGCUUUCGCAGGGUAUAACCACAUCAUGCACGCGCUUGCGCUGCGAGGCGGCCCCCCUCAAGCCGAAGGAGUGGGCGCGGUGCGCGGUGCUGGCGCGGGUGAACGAGCCUGGGAGCGCCGCGGGUGGUGGGGGUCACGGGGGUGCUUGGGUAGAAGGUGCGGACGCAGGUGGUCGGGGCUGGCCGCGAGCCUGGCCGCGCGGCAUCACCGCGCGAUCGCGCGUUUGUCGCGCCCCAUCGCUGCGAAGGGCGGCGUGGACAAGGCUGGCGACGAGGGGGCGAUGCUGAUCGAGCAGUCAUGGGGGCGCAGCCUGGAGGGCCAGGUAAAGAUGAUCGACUUCGGCCACGGGGCCGCCGACCAGGAGGGAAGCCAGUCGAUCCAGCGGACAGCAAAUCUCGCGCCAGCCAUCAACACCACAAGGGAGAAGAUCAAGCUGAACUGUUUGUUGGAGAAGGGGACAGGAUCAGAGGGGGAAACGCGCUGGGACUUGCAGGUCCGCGUCAACGGCGAGGGCGGGCGCCUGUCUCAGGCCAAGUUUACGGGCAACUGCGUUCUGGCGAUGGCCGCGGCGGCGCCCCAGACGAAAGAUCACAGGGUUUGCUGCCGUCGCGCGGAAAAGGCGGCCGCCGGGCGACGGGGGCAGCAGGUCACCGCGCGGUGGCGCCGCGGCGCGCCAGGGCGCCAGCUGACCGCGAGGGCCGCGUUCGCACCUUCCAUGUGGCCAUGGUUGGCUGACCGCGGCGCCAGCCUCGCCCUCGGCUACCUCGGGUGCUGCCCUGCGGCGCCGAGCUGCCCGCCCUGCCCGAGCUGCAGCCUCUCCUGCGCGCGCGUCGCGUGCCCAGCCGCGCCGCCGUGCCCGGCUUGCCCCGCGGGGGCCUUCUCAGCGGCCGCGCCCCAGGAGGCGCCAGCCGCUCCGCGGGGCCCCCAGGCGCCGCCCACCGGGCCGUGCCCGGAGCCAGCGCCCUGCGCGGGCGGGUCAGGAGGCUGGUGGAUCUUCCUGCUGGGCCUCAUCGUCGGCGUGCUCCUGAGCGUGCUGGCCUGUGCAGCCUGGCGAGCGGCGGUGGCAGCCGCCCGGGCACUGGUCGCCCCUCGGGCGAGGCCUGACGCCCCCGCCCUGGCGGACGAGCUGCCCGCUGCCGCCGCCGUCCCAGAUCUGAGCAUUCAGUUCAUCGACGUCACCACCCACAGGGUGAUCCCCCUCACGCGGGACUUGGAGUUCCCGCGGCGGGUCAGAGGCGAGGCUUACGCCUUCGAUCCCUUGACCCCCGAGGAGCUCCAGCAGGUCCGCCGAGAGGCCAAGGAGCUGCUGGCCGUCUACGGGCUCACGGGGGGCGCGGACGCGCAGCCCGAGGGUGGGCGCUGGCUGAUCGCCGACCCCGCGCACCCGGGCUUCGGCGACGCGCUCCCCGCCGCGGCCCUUGCCGAUGCCGACAGCCUCAUCAUCCGAGGCGACCGCGGCCUCGCCUGCGUGGACGAGGACUGGCUCGCCGUGGACAGGGUGCUGGAUGAGGACCUGGACAUUUGGAGGUUGCUCAAGAAGUCGACGGGCGCGGGCCGCGACAGGCGGAUCCUCGGCGACGAGCGCGCGAACGGGGUGCCCAUGCUCUCUCUCACCGCCGCGGCGAGGGCCAGCAGCAAGGCCCUUCGGCUUGGCUGGCCCUUCCGCGGCGACGCCUGCGCCCCGGAACUUGUCAUGGCGCUCGUCGCGGCGGGGAUCGUGUUCAUCACCCACCAUCUGGACUGGAGAACGAAGUUGGGGGUCAGUACUACAUCGGGGGUGUGCCGGACGCACCGCCGCAUCUGCGAAGGCCUCGACCAGGCCAUCUGCUACGACCAACUCGACUUCGCCAACUGCGCGGUCAUCGAGCACCUCGCCCGCUGGCUCUACGAGGUCAUGGAGUCGGCGGUCAGGAGGAACCCGAAGGUGCCAGACUUCACGAACCUGGACGGCAUCUUCGCGGCUCCCAUGGCCGAGGACGGGCGGAUGCAGCUGCCGACCUUCUCCAAGUGGGUCUCCUCGCUCCGUCGCGACGAGGCUCAGAUCAUGAAGCAGGAUGGGUUCUACCAGUUCGCGAACGACGACCUCGCGGACUGGUUCGGGUUCAACUACCCCGAGGCCGCGCCCGACUUCGGCGGCCCGCUGGUGCACAUCCCUGCCGACGGCCGCUUCGUCCAGGUGUCGAGCGACACUCGGAUCUUCGCGGUCUUUCGGGGUCUGCUGAUGGGUUGGUCGUGGUCCCUCUUCUUCUGCCAGGAUCUCUUGGAGGAGGCCCAGUGCAAGGGCCUUCUGAGCUUGGGUUGUGAAGGCGGAGGCCGCUUGGUGCACGAGAGGUGCCCCGCGCCCUUGCUGGCGCCCGGCUGUCCCCUGUCCCAGCCCUACGUGGACAACGCCAACGUCAUCGGCCUCAGCCGCCGGGACACCGAGCACGCGCUGCGCGGCAUCCAGCACGUCCUGGACUACUUAGGCAUCGACUACCACGACCUGGUGGAGCCCACGAAGUUGUACACCACGGUGGGCGUCGUGCUCGACACGGCUGCGCGCCGCCUUCGCCACGCUGGGGCUCGCGCUUGGCGCCUGUACCUUGGCGUGGAGCAUCUGCUUCGUGUGCGUCGUGCAUCUGGCCGUGCCCUUCGAGUCGUGCGCGGCCACCUGGUCAACCACUUCAUGAUCACGCGGCCAGCGCUCGCGGCGCUGGACGAGGGGUACCGCUUCAUCGCGCAGCACCUGGACGAGCGGGCCCCCCUCGGCCGCCUCCUGCUGGACGAGCUCCGCGUGGUGAAGGGUCUGCUGCUGCUGGCCGACGUGGACCUCGCCGCCCCCUGGUCGCGUGUAGUCUACUGCAGCGACGCGUCGGGCGGUGAGCUGCGUGGCUGGGCGGGCUGGCCUUUCGCCGUCGCGGGGAACGGCGGCUACGCCCUCCACGAGACGGCCUGCGUCGACUACGAGGUCAUGCAGGCUUUCAGGUACCGCGAGCGCUGGAGGUUCAAGAUGGAGGAGGAGGAGCUGGUCAUGCCGGGGGCCCCGAGCGACGCGAUCCGCGGCUGGGCCCCUGAGCCCACGGCCACCUCCGACCUGCUCAUCGUCGGCCUCCUGGCCCCCAGCUCCAAGCCGUCGGUGAUCGACCGACGCCUCCCUCGCACGAGGACCGUCAUCGUGCAGGGCGCCGUGCCAGCUCUGGAUGACGCACUCCUGGUCCGCAGCCGCUGGAAGAUGAUCGUGCGAGGCGCCUUCAAGUACAAGGCCUCCAUCCACGUGAAGGAGGCUCGGACCCAGCUCCUCGGCCUCGUCCGCGCCUCGCGCGACCCCCGCAUGCACGGCCUCCGCGUCGGCAGCCUGGGCGACGACAUGGCGGCGCUCCUCCGCUUCGAGAAGGGGCGCGCCCGUGACAGGGCCCUCCUCCAGCUCUGCCAGGUCAGUGCCGCCCGCCAGAUCGGGUGCGAGAUCCAGUGGAAGCAGCGCUACUGCGAGUCAGGCCGCAACCCGACGGACGCCGACAGUCGUGCUGCUGACCUGGGCCAUGUCCUACCUGAUCAUCCCCAGCGUGGCUGCUCGCGGGCCCUGACCGUCAUCGAGUCGGCCAACGCGGGUCUUGCCACGGAGCCCGCGGGGCCCCUUGCUCGCGUGCGGCGCCCCGCACCCUGUGGGCCGGCCGCUGGCCUCCUGCCUGGCGGGGCGGCCGCGUGCCUUGCCAGGGUCGGCGCCUUCGCGCGGCGGAGGCCCCCUCGGGCUGGCGCCGUGCACGGGCGCCCAUCGCCCGAGCUCCCUCGCGCUGCCCCACAGGCCCCGCGGCGCGGACAGCCGUGCCAGCGUGCCCACGGGGGCCGCAGCCGCUGCCGGGCAUUUUGCGAGCUCUACGCGGGCACCGGCAGCUUCAAGGGCUUCGAGCUGCGCGUGCUACCUUACGGCUGUUACGGCUAUGCCAUCAGUGCGGCAUACACUGGUGGCAACUGGGCCCUCCUCCACUACUGCCAGUACGGCUGCGCCUGUAAGAAGCCUACGUACCUCGUGUCGAGCCUCCCAGAGAUCACAUCUCUCGAGCGCCUCUGCCAAGGGAACCACAGCCACGAUAUCCUCCAGGGCAAGGUAUCCCUCGCGCCACCCUCUGGGGCCAUCCGCAGCCAUUGGAAGACCAGCCUAGCGGGAGCCUGCCCACCUGAGCUCUGCCGCCGAUGGGCUCGCCUCCUCGCGGCUUGUGCUCCCCGCGCUGCACGCUGUGCUCAUGCCGGCGACCCGCUCGGCGACCACUGGGAAACUGAGCUGGCGGCCAACUUCCCAGGCGGAGGCGUCCAGCCCCAGCGGCCGCAACCCUCCUGCCCUUCGGGGUCGCCGCCCGAGUGGCCCGCCCCGGCGCCGCAGUGGGGCGCCGCCUGGCCCUACCUCAAGCACCAGCGUGUCCAGCCCCGCACCGUCGCCUUGCACCGCGAGGCCCGCCGCAAGUUCAGCCAGUGGGCGGCCGAGCAGCACCUCCGCCGUGUGUCCAUGGACGAGACAGACCUGGUCAUGACGAGGUACCUCGACCACAUGCACUUCCAGGGGCUCAGCAUCGUCCACGCCAGGAACGCCGUCCACGGGGCGAUCUUCGUGAAGGAGUACCCGCGACAAUCGCCUACCACCAUGUACCGUGCCAAGGACGCCCUGGCCGGAUGGUUCAAGGCAGGGCCCGACCGCGUCAGAGAUCCGCUGCCCUGGGAGGCGGCGGUGCUGAUCGCCGACAACCUCGCCGAGAGAGACCGCGAGGGGGUCGCCGCCGCUGGGGCCCUGCUCGUCAGCUUCGACGGGUACAUCAGGCCGAGCAACACCCUGGCCAUCACGAGCCGCCUGGCGAGCCAGCGCCAGGCGGGAUCCAAUCCCAACUACCCCAGCCUCGUGGUCACGAUCGCGCCUCAGGCCGACGACCACGGCCAGCAGCCCGCCCCAUCGACCAAGUCGGGGGACCACGACUGCACCAUCGUCUUCGGCGACCAGGCCAGCCUCAAGGCCAACAGGGGCAUCUGCCGCGACGCCCUGCUCUGGGCGUCGAGGAAGGCCCGCCGCGGCAGGCCCCUGUUUGACAUCAGCCUCGCAAAGUACGAGCAGCUCUUCAACCAAGCCGUGUCCGACGUAAAGCUGAGCUCUCUCAGGGUCGCGCCGCACUGUGCCCGACACGGAGGCCCGAGCUCCGACGCAGCUCUCAAGCUGCGCCCUCUGGAGGCCAUCCAGAAGAGAGGCCUCUGGCGCUCGGCCUCCACCGUGCGGCGCUAUGAGAAGCAUGGCACACUCAUGCGCCAGAUUGCAAAGAUGACGUCCUCCCAGCUUCGCUCUGUGCCCGCAGUGGGCACGGGCAUCACCCCGUACGGCAACCUGCCCCUGCGGAAGGACGGCAAUGCGCUCGAUCCGAAAGUGAUGGAUUGUUUGCGCUUGCUCGCCAAAGACCCGCUGAACUCGGUGGUCGUCAUCAGCGGCCGCAGCCCCGAGUUCCUGGACAGGGUCGGGCUCUCCCAAGUAGAGGGGCUUGGCCUCUGCGCGGAGUACGGGUUCUAUUACCAGGAUCCAGGGCGGAUCGAGAAAGCCAGCAGGGCGAAGGGCGGCGGCAGCGAGGGCUCGGACCGCUGGAAGUGUUCCUCGGCCAGCACCACCGACGAUGCCGACUGGAAGGAGAUUGUGUUCGAGCUUAUGAAGAUGUACGCGAAGCGAGUGCAGGGCAGCAUCAUCGAGUACAAGGGGGCCGCGAUCAGCUGGAACUACCGCGAGGUGGGCGCGCAGAUCCUGGCCAAGGAGAUGGCGCUGCAGCUGAUGCGGUUUCUGGACCCGGAGGAGCCGGACGGCCUCAUGCGUGGUUAUCCAGUGACAGUUGCAGCUGGCAAAGGCUACGUAGAGGUGGGACGCUCGGACAUCAACAAAGGUAUCAGCGUCAAGCGAAUGCUUGCUGAGAUACAGCAGCACAUCGGGAACCUCGAUUUCGUGCUUUGCAUUGGCGAUGACAGAUCUGACGAGCACAUGUUUGAAGCCGUCAGCGAAUACCGCCAGUCCAAGACGAAAGAGGAGAAGAGAUCAUUCAACGCAUCCACCAACUCGCUGGGAGCAUUGUCGUCGCCGAGGUUCGGCGACGGGGACGGGCAGUCCCUGUCGGGCGCGGCCGCGAAGCAGAUGAGCAAGAAGGCGUCCAUGACCAUCGAGGCGCUGGAGGAGGCCGAGAAAGCGCUCAACCAGAGGCGCCCUUGCUGGGACGCCCAGGGGGAGGCCCCCACCUUUUCUCGUGGCGACAAAAUCACGACGGGAGGUUUUGGGAUGUUUUCGGCCUCCAGGGGCCCUCGCCGUGCCAUGGGACACGAAACACGGCCCAGGAUGGGAAACUGGUCCUGGGGAAGGGGUCCGGACCUUUGGGAGUCCACGUUGCGAAAAUAUCACGACGCUGGAGGUCUGAGGGGUGGGUGGGCUCGAGCGUUCGCGGACGCGGCCAGCAUACGCAUCAGUUGACGGAGGUCCGCAGAUGUGUCUCACCGAGCGCGCACCGCUUUUCGCAAAGUUUCUACUCGGACCGUCCGGAAAACAAAUGCCUGC